AUGGCGGUGCCGAGGGGGAGGGGGCCGGGCUGUUUUUCUGGAGAGUUAGAGCUGGAGGGAGGGAGACAAAGCCAGGCUGGCGGCGGCACCAUGGAGCUGCGGGCCCGCGUCUUACUCUGGAAACUUCUGCUUCUGCAGAGCGCCGCCGUCCUGUGCUCAGGGCCGUCGGGGGCCGCCGCAGCGGGCAGCUCGGUGGUGUCGGAGGCGGCGGUGAGCGGGGCGGCGGGCGCCCGGGCCGUGCUGCGCUGCCAGAGCCCGCGCAUGGUGUGGACGCAGGACCGGCUGCACGACCGGCAGCGCGUGGUCCACUGGGACCUGAGCGGCCCGGCCGGCCCCGCGCGCCGCCUCGUGGACAUGUACUCGGCGGGCGAGCAGCGCGUGUACGAGCCGCGCGACCGCGGCCGCCUCCUGCUGUCGCCUUCAGCCUUCCACGACGGCAACUUCUCGCUGCUCAUCCGCGCGGUGGAGGAGACGGACGAGGGGCUGUACACCUGCAGCCUGCACCACCAUUACUGCCACCUCUACGAGAACCUGGCCAUCCGCCUGGAGGUCACCGACAACCCCCGGGCCGCCGGCGCGCACUGGGACGGCGAGAAGGAGGUGCUGGUGGUGGCGCGCGGCGCGCCCGCGCUCCUGACCUGCGUGAACCGCGCGCACGUGUGGACCGACCGGCACCUGGAGGAGGCGCAGCAGGUGGCGCACUGGGACCUGCAGCUGCCCGGGGUCCCGCACGACCGCGCCGACCGCCUGCUCGACCUCUACGCGUCGGGCGAGCGCCGCGCCUACGGGCCGCCGGUCCUGCGCGACCGCGUGUCGGUGGAGGCGGACGCCUUCGCGCGCGGGGACUUCUCGCUGCGUAUCGACCCGCUGGAGCCGGCGGACGAGGGCACCUACUCCUGCCACCUGCACCACCACUACUGCGGCCUCCACGAGCGCCGCAUCUUCCACCUGACGGUCACCGCGCCCGCCGCCCCGCCGCCCCCGCGGGGCUCGCCGGGCAACGGCUCCAGCCACGGCAGCGCCCCCGCCCCAGACCCCACGCUGGCGCGCGACCGCAGCGUCAUCAACGUGAUCGUGCCCGAGGGCCGCGCGCACUUCUUCCAGCAGCUGGGCUACGUGCUGGCCACGCUGCUGCUUUUCCUCCUGCUGCUCAUCACUGUGGUGCUGGCCACGCGGCAGCGCCGGCGCGGGGGUUACGACUACUCGGACCAGAAGUCGGCGAAGUCCAAGGGGAAGGACGUGAACUUGGCGGAGUUUCCUGUGGCCACAGGGGAGCAGGCUUUUUACAGGAGUGAGGACAUCCAGCUAGAUUACAAGAACAACAUCCUGAAGGAGAGGGCCGCGCUGGCGCACUGCCCCCCGCCCGCCAAGCACAUCGACUUGGACAAAGAGUUCAGGAAGGAGUACGGCAAGUGAGGUGGGGCUCCUGCUGGCCGCAGCCCCGCCCCGCCAGCUGUCCGUCCGGGAGCGCGUCUCCUGGCUCAGCGGCCGCUCCUGCCGCUCCCGUCCCGCUCCAGCGGCUGGUCCCGCUGUCCUGUCCUGAGCCCUCCCCUGGAGCCGCCUCACCCUCACGAGCCACCGUGGGCUUCUCCGGCCCUGCCUGCUCUGCGGCUGCACCCCCUCCCCCCAGCAGCCCCCUGCAGCGCUCACUGCCGGCCAGCCCGCUCCGGCCCGCCGAGCCCACCCACGUCCACCCUCGGCCUCGCCAGGCCUCUGCAGGGGGCGCAGCCGGGAGCCUGGGAGCUGGGUCAGCCUGAGGCUGGCACUGCCCCUUCCUCACGCCUUCCUGGGCGGAGCUGCCCUCUGGCUCCAGGCGGCCCCGCGCUGGCUCGGGGACUGAGGACAGCGCGCCCUGCCCGGACUGAUGCCCCUCGCUGCGGCCGCCAGCCGCCGGGGCUGCCUGGGCCCCAUCCCCGCUCCCCACCCCGCUCCAGCCUCCUUUGCAAUAAGCUGCCUUGACGGUCCCUGGGCUCCGGGUGACUUUGGGCCCCUCCCUGGGCUGGAGUCUGGGGCUGGGGCAUCAUUUGGCUUCUGUUUUGUCCGAGGACGGAGGAGAAUGAAGGUGGUGCUAGAGUGGCCCCUGCAGCCACUCAGGACACACCGCCGGCUCCUCCUGGGGAAUGGCCACAUCACAAUAAAGAUCUUUCUGACUUGUA